GAAACUUUUAUCUUCUUCUUCUCUAUUUUCUCUGUAAUGGAACAAUUUGCUCAUCAUUGCUGAAGAAUCUAUUCUACUUUCUUGAUUCUUUUGCGGUUGUGUUACAGGAAAUCCUCUCACCCUUAAUCAGUUCUCUUAUUGGUUUAAUCAACUCUGGUUUAGCUUUUGGUCUAUUGUCCGGUUUAAUUAUCUUUCCUUUGUCUGUCACUAUAUGUAAGGCUCGUAGCCCUUCUUUGGGAAAUUAAUGGAACAAACAUUAUCUUCUUCAAUCUCUCUUUCUCUGUAUCAUCAUCAACAUCAUCAUCUAUCACCAUCUAAAUCCAGUUCAAAGUCCCGAUAUGACUAUGAAGAUAGCACGAAGAUUCUAUGGGACAAACUUAAGCUGUCUCAUGAGGUUUUCUCCACCAUUAACAUCUUCUCAGAAUUGUAAAAGAAAAUCUGAUCUAGAAGAAUGGAUAUGUGGGCUAGAAAUCUAUGGUUGCAAGUAUACGAAGCAGAUGUUGAGGCUUGUUAUACAAGCUUGUCAUGUGUGGCAUCGUUGGAAGAACAAGACUAAGAUAUUGCAAGCAGUUUCAGUUCUUAGGAUACGGCUCUAUGUAUCACUGCCACAACCUCUAGAUUUCAGGACAAGAAAGAAGAGCCUUGUAGGGAUGAGCAAGCACGAGAAGGACCACCAGCAAUUACCCCCCAAGAACCACAAGUUGCUUGUGGUACAUCCGAAAGCUGGAUUUUGGAUAAGAGUGAUCAUUUGUACUCAUUUUGCAUUUCUAACAAAUAUUACGACUUCCUUCAAGCAGCCGCCCAUGAGCAUACGGAGUUUGGUUCACAACGAUCAUCUGCACUCCAUCGUUAGCUUUUUAAUUUCGCGUGCCAGGAUUUCUCAAUAGAAAACGUUCGAAUUCUAGAAUCUAGAGACUCAACAAGUUUGUUGUCCUUGUCCCCCACACUUGGG